AUGCGUCUCCAGCGCAUCCCGUCCUGCCAGUUGGCCGCGCCUGCGCUGUGCUGUGCUGCAAGGGGAACCGGCAAGAUCAGGUCCCGUCGAGACGUUGACGAGUACCGGCCUCGUACCUGCAGCGGCCAGAUGAGCCUUUGCAUGUACCUGUUUGCCGGUCUAUGCCCCCCCGCGAUGCAGCACCCGCACAAGUACCAAUGCAAGCGCGAGUACCUCGAGACGUGCCGUGGCCCGCCGUUCUGGUAUCCGGGAAAUGACCCAGGGUGCAGAGCAGCUGUGUUUGGCGGCCGGCUGUAUGGAGUCCGGGAGGCUCGUUUCUACACCUCGAAAUAG